AUGGAUGACAAUGUUGUACCAUAACAAAUCAUAAAAUUAUUAUAGGAUAAAAGCUAGGAUAAGAAAUAAUAAGGAUGCCAAUAAUUAAAAUCAUUAGUCUAAUCUUAUGCUUAAAGUGGAAAGGAAUUGCUAAUCAAAUAAAUAAUAGAAACUUUAAAAAUAAAAUUUACUUCUUCGUCAUAAUUAUACUUUAAAAGAUAAGGAAUGUUUGCCAUUUAAACUGUUGCUGAAAUUCUCGUGAAAGAAGUAAUCCAAAAUUUUAUUAGUAGUUUCCUCAAUUAGCUGAAAGAUGUGUCAAAGAUCUAACUUAGCCAAUUUUAGAAUGCUUAAACGAUAAAGAGGAUAAGGCAAGAUAAUAUGCUGUUGAAUGUUUGCUUUAAUUAACAAAAACUAUGAAGACUAUGAUCCUUCUUAAUUUUAAUGAAAUAUUCGACUAUCAACUGGGAAGAUCAGCAGAAUAAGAACCUUAAAUAGUUUAAGCCAUGUUCUUAUUGGAUUAAUUAUUAAAGACUUAGGUGUAAACAGCAGUUCAAGAGAAAUCUUUAGAUCCAGGAAAACAAUGUUAUUUUAACUUAAACUCAAUUAUGAGCUAAUUAUAAAACAAACUAAAGACUAGGGUAACAUAUGUUCGAUAAUUCCUGCUUGGAUGGAUAAAAGUCUUAAAUCAAUGUCAUAAUAAUGAUUUGUAUAUUUAUUUUCCCAUGAUACUGGAAGGCAUAUUCAUGAUGUUAGGAGAAUCAAAUAAGUAAAGCCAUUCAGUAUUAUUAGGGAAGUUCGUAAUGGAGCUGAUUUGCAAGCAAAUGAAUUUUUGAAAUAAGUAGAGGUUAAAGUGAAUCUAGAUUAAAGAGUUAACGAAUAAAUUAUAGAAAUUUUGCUUAAAAUUUGUUAAAUGAAAGGAAACCAAAAUAAUUAUGCCAAACUAAAUUCUUUACUAUGGAUUUUUGAAUAUUUGAGAGUUUUUUAACAAGAAUUAGAAGAGGAAUAAAAAAAUAGGUUGGGGAUAUAAAAUUCACCAUCCCAUGUAAAACCAGAUGAAUAUUUGAGGAGCAAUACAUCUCCAAUUUCAAAAAAUUAAAUCUAAUAAUAUUUGGGAGGAUUUGAAUCUCCUUUACGAAAGACUAUAUUGAACAGUCUAAGUUAGAUUUUGGGCCCUAUACUGAUAUUAUUAUCCCAUGAAGAGGAGGAAAUCAGGAAAGCAGCUUAGAAGACAAAUGAAUUGUUACUAAAGGUUAUGGAAAGAGUGAAAAAUUCAUCAAUAGAGUUUAUAAACAUAGUACCUACAAUAAAAGAGAUGCUAACUGAUAAAAAAAGCAAUACAGCUGAAUCAGCAUUAAUAUGGAUGAAACAUUUAUUAGAAGUUUAUUCUGAGUCUCUUUUUCCAACAAUUGAAGAUAUAUUAACAAAAGUAUUUAUUAUUAGAUUAGCUAGCUUAUUGAUAAAUUGGCAGAUUCUGAAUUUGCUAUAGUAUAAAACAUUAUGGAUGUGUUAGCAAAUAUUUCGAUGCACAGCCAAUAUUUUGAAAUAGUAAUCGAUAAAAUUUUAAUUAUGCUUCGUAAAAAUCAAGAAUAAUCUGAAAAGAAAGGAGAUUAAAUAUUUAAGAAGCUAUGCUCGCUUCUUAAUCCAUAGAAGGUUUAUUUCACAAUAACAGCGAAAUUAUUGGAAGUAUAUUCAUAAAAUGAUGUAAUUUUUAUCAGCAAUACUGUUCAAAUAUUAACCAACCUGUUAAUUUCUGAAAAAGAGCUAUAAAAUCUACGAAAUAUUCUAAGGAAUCUAAAACAUGAAAAAGAUGAGAAAAAAAGAUAGCAUAAUUAAGAAAUCUUCGAAACCCUCUAUAGGACAUUCUGUUAUAAUUCAAUGAGUGUAAUUACACUUUGUUUACUAUCUGAGGAAUAUGAUUUGGCUUAUAAAAUAAUUAUUAGUUUUUCAGAAGUGGAAGUAAAUGAAUGUAUUUUAUCAGAGAUAGCCCAAUUAAUUAAUGUUUUAGAAACACCAGUAUUCAUUUGUAAUAUCAAUAACUAUUUAAGUUUUAAGGUUACAAUUAUUAGAGUACGAUUCUCAUCCAUUCUUAAUGAAAUGUUUGUUUGGCUUAAUGAUGCUAUUGCCAUAAGGAGUUGCUUUCAAUACCCUGAGGCAAAGACUUAAAAACGUUUCAAAUACUUAAAUAUAAUCCUUGCAAUAGGACAAGAAAAUGGAAACUGAAGAAUUUUUGGAUAUUUAGAGAUUGCUG